AUGGCGAAGACACCACCAGCAGGCGGCUUUGCACUGCCAGUGGCAUAUCGGCUCUUUUUCCUCGUUAUUGAGCCCAUCUCAGCACUUGUAGGGGCUUUCUAUGCGCACUUUCGCCAGCUGGACUACCUUGCUCUUACGCACGCCUCGACAGUACCGACUACAACGCCGAUAGGGACUUCAAUUAUCAUGUCGCAACUGGCGAACCUCUAUCUCCUGUUCGCCCUCAAUGAAGCAUUGGUUCUUAGAUCAACAGGCGAUCUUAAAGUUUGGAAGACAGUUCUCUUCGUCCUGCUGGUAGCUGAUUUUGGCCACCUGUAUUCUGUCUCGGCAGUGGGGUCUCGGGUCUACUGGGAUAUCACAUCAUGGAACGCGAUUGACUGGGGCAAUGUGCCGUUCGUCUAUUUGGGUGCUUCAAUGCGUAUAGCAUUUCUAUCUGGCAUUGGACUGGGAGGUGGUCAAGCCGCCACUGAAAAGACGAAGGCGAGGUAG